CACUGAAAUUUGUACCGUGCUUUUUACACAAUCUUUCGAAUUAUGAUUCGCAUUUUAUCGUCUCGCAUUUGGCUUAUAAUAAUAGAGCGAUUUCGGUGACAGCUAAUAGUGAAGAAAAGUUCAUAUCGUUUUCGAAAUAUAUGAAUAAUACGUUUUCCGUAAGAUUUAUCGAUACUUGUCGAUUCAUGACUUCGAGUUUAGCACACCUAGCCCAGAACCUAACGACCGCAAACUAUSACAAGUUUCGUGAAGUUGCAAAAGUUUUCAACCCGGUGGAGAUGACGUUGACCACACGGAAAGGAGUGUUCCCGAACGAAUAUGUCGAUUCGUGGGACAAAUUGAACGAGACGGCCCUACCGCCUAAGCCCGACUUCUAUAGCGCGUUGGCUGAGGCUCACGUCAGUGACGAGGAUUAUGAACACGCUACUCGGGUGUGGGAUCAUUUCGACUGCAGGACCCUCGGCGAUUACAGUGACCUAUACCUAAAAAUCGAUGUUCUGAUCAGCGCUGAUGUGUUUGAGAAUUUCCGCGAGCUCUGCAUGACGACGUUUCACCUGGAUCCGGCACAAUAUUACACCUCUCCCGGGUUUAGCUUUGACUGCAUGUUAAAGUUCACUUCGGURAAACUURAACUUUUAAAUGACUUUGAGAAAGUUUUGUUUCUUGAGAGCGGAAUGCGUGGYGGCUUGGUCCAGGCGAGUAAACGCUAUGCCAAAGCUAACAAUUUCAAGACGCCCGGRUACCGAAACGAUGAACCCGACACUUGGCUCGUAUACCUGGAUGCUAAUAAUUUAUAUGGUCUCGCAAUGGGAAAAUACAUGCCGAUUAGCGAUUUCGCAUGGUAYCCAGGGAAUCCGGAAGUCGCGCUGGCUCAGCUGGAGUGGAUGGGCGAGACSGACGAUUUUGGCAGAAUCUACGAAGUAGACAUCUCGUAUCCACAACACCUGCACGAUGCCCACAACGAUAUGCCGUUCUUAUCCCACGACAGCAUACCACACGGAUCAACCGUUCGAAAGUUGAUGGUGACAUUUCAGCGAAAAGAACGCUACGUCGUUCAYUAUAUGAAUUUAAAACAGGCCAUGGCCCAUGGCGUAGUAGUCGAAAAGGUACAUCGAGUGUUGGAAUUCCGACAAUCUCCGUGGUUAGCUCCGUACAUCGCGCUCAACACUGAGAUGAGGAAACGUGCAACCAAUAAGUUUGAAGAACAAUUCUUCAAAGAUUUAAACAACUCCGUGUUUGGAAAAACGAUGGAAAACAUGAGACGUCGUGUAAAGCUUGAUCUUCUAACACGACCAGACAGACUACGAAAGCUCAUCAACCGCCCGACGUUUAAACAUUGUAAAAUUUAUAACGACAAUUUCGCCGCGGUCACUCUAGAUAGCAAAGUAAUCGAUUUCUGUAAGCCCAUUUUCAUCGGGUUUACAGUACUCGAACUUAGCAAAGUUCUGAUGUACAAUUUUCAUUAUGACGUGAUGUAACGAUACUACGGUGAAAAUAUAAAAUUGUUAUAUACCGACACAGAUUCGCUUUUCUACCAAGUAUCGACUAAAGAUUUUUACGAUGACUUGAUUAAGAAUCCAAACCUCAUGCUGCG